UCAAGAGGUUGUACGUGUGUAUGAUUAUUUCUAUGUGAUUCCAAAAAUCUUUUUCGUAUAGUUUAGAAGGAAGUUCAAAACGCUAAUGUCAUAAUUCACUGCCACUGCAAAAUGGUGAUGGACACAUGUGCUUCCUGCCAGCUUCCCGCAAUCACCAUGCACCAUCCCUUUCAAUUCGUCCUCUCUAGUAACACUUACACCUACUCCACUCCUUCACACACAAACACUCACUGAUCACUCUACAUUCUACAGCUACACCACCACCACCACCACCACUACAACCACCAACCAACACCACAGCUGUCAUCGAUCCAGCCAUGAAAACUCACCAACCUAAACUUAAACCACCACCUCGACCACUCUUCUCCUGUGGCUUCUUUCGCUACUGCACUCAAUCUGUAAUCAGCCCCACCAAUCCCACCGCACCGGUUCUCCCUCUUUCAGAACCUACGCCGCCGCCGCCGCCGCCACCACCACCGCAAACCCACUCCGAGUCCUCUUCUUCGUCUAAUACUUCACAAAGCUUUACUCAAUGGAGAUUCUCGCACACACCCAUCUCAACAACCAAUUUCCUAACAGAUACGUCUCCUGAAACAACUCAAGUACACCACCAAUCACCGCCACCCCCGCCGCCGCCUCCUCCUGUUGUUAUCUCCGAUCUUCAGGAGCUUUUCCAUGUAGCUGAGCUUCAACUGAGCACGGGUCUUGACUCCGACAGAGUCAAAGCUAUUUACAUGCUUCAGCAUUCUUUGGUUAACCCACGCGCUGCGGCAGAAGGCGGAGAAUCGGUGUCUUGUCCGCCGGCGGUAAUGAGAGGAGUGUUGGGUUGUUUGAAGGAUAAACAAUUGGCGAAACCGGCGACGAGGGUGUUGUUGGCGCUUUGUUUAGGGGAGUGUAAUAGGCAUGUGGCUGUAGAGGAAGGGGCGGUGGGGAAAGUUGUGGAGGCGUUGGUGGAUUUGGACGGUAGUGCAGUGGCGGAGAGGGCAUUAGCAGCGUUGGAACUUCUUUGUACGGUGGCAGAGGGGGCGGCGGAGCUGAGAGCACAUGCGCUGGUAGGGCCGAUGAUGGUAGAGGUGAUGAGGAGGAUGGAAACCACCAGGGGUAGAGAGAAUGCUAUCGGGAUAUUGGCGGUGAUAUUCGGUGGCACCGGUAGUGGAGAUGCUAUGGGGUUUGCACCGCAGGAGGAGGUGGCGCGUGUGGUGAUGCUGGCAAUGCAAGGAGCUUGUAGUGCAAGAGGGAGACGAAAAGGGGCCCAGCUGUUGAAGAUACUUCAAGAAAAUGAACGGUUAGAUUUGAGUCAAGAAGUGGGAUGAGUGGUCCUGAUUAUAUCUGGAAUAAUGAAACAAAAUUAAUGGUCAAAGUGAGAUUUCGAGUCAUGUAAUUUGUUAGACCAAUUAUGGGAGACGACAUUGUUUUUAUUGUACUUUUCUUCUUUUCGAAAUAAACAAAUAUAUUAAAUAA